ACAAAAUAUUUGCUAUUCAAGAAGUUCUAUUAAAAAAAGAAGUAUUGCACCAUAUUUGUUUGUGAAACUAAACCAAUGUGCUAAUGUUCAAUCCCCUUCACGUAGAGGUAACCCAGCAGCUGAAUAGACUCCUCUGAGAAGAUUGCUUAUCUGUAUAUAUUUACUCUCCAUCUAGCUCCCAAUAUACAGUAUAUUGAAUACCAUACAAAAACGUUUGGCACUGCUUGGCACUGUUUGGCACUGGGGGUUUUCUGAGGAUAAGAAGCUAUAGGUCUGGUAUUCUCCUUGUGUAUUUGAGACGGGUAAACGUGAGCUUUAGACAUUUCUUUAGUGUUGUAUUACAAAGCUGUUUUGUUAGGCUUAAUGAAAGCAGUGUGUGGUUCAUUGGAGUCACUGGUGGAAUGUAGUUUGGUAUUUUUUGAAUCCCUGUGUGAUACACCCUGGGUAGGAGCCUGAAGCAUGAGAGAGGAGUCUGAUAGAAUUAAUAAAUAACGACAGGGAACGCCAGCACAAUGUCCUGUUUAUUCAUUUACCACAAACCCGACUGAGUUCACAUAUUAACUCGUCAAUCAAUGUUGUUCUUUGUUAAGCAGAAGAAUUAUUGGGUUUAGUUUUACUGUUUUUGCUGUCAAAAUUCUGGUGAUGAAUUCCUCUGGAAACUCCCUGGGUCGUGGUUGGGAUUGCUGUUAUAAGCCAUGUUCAGUAGGACUCUUUCUUUUAACUUUUAAUCUUUUUUUUCAUUAGUUCAUGCUUUAUGUCUUUAGUUAUGUACUUGGCCUACUUGUCUCUGUUCCACCUAUAAUCAGAUUGACUUAAUUGAAGCAGUUUAACCUCCUCUUCGGUCUAAUCAGGUUAUAGUAAAUAAUGGCACCUACACAACCACAAGCAUGUGAACACCCGUGACACUACUGACUGUAUGUUGUUGUCCUAGAAUUCAGACUCUAAACAAAUACAACUUCAGGAACUUUGCAUUUAAAUACUUAAUAAAAAACAAACAAACUGUUUUUACAAAAGAGGAUCCCCAGUGAUUGGUUAAGAAAAGGAAUUGAAAAAGCUUGAUUGAAACAAAUGAGGAAGUUUAACCAUAACCGGGUGAUGCAUUCUCCAGCAGUUCCAUUCUGACAGGAGGAGCAGAAUGUUGGACCAUCCUGGGAUUGUUCUUCAGGGAGACAGCAUUCGAUUACCUGCCAGCUUCCCUCUGGUGGUCAGGGGCUACAGAAAGUGGUUUCCAGCAGACACAGGAAAAGGAAGAAGUAUGCAACGCGGCACGUUCAGGAAAGUUCCCGUGUGUCUAGAUGAAGACCAGUCAGAGCAACAGCAGGGAAAGCCAUCUGACACACUGGAAGGUCAUUUAGGAAAGAAGAGAGUCGACUCAGCGCCCAGAGAAUCGUCACCAGUGCCGUCCUAUUACUCCGAGCCCACGGCUUUCACUCGCAGGAACUUGAUGAAGGGCGUGACCAGGCCCCAGGCUGCACGAGACGCGGAGGAAGACGAUGAUGUGAGGAGCCUGAAGAGUGUGCGGAGCCUGAAGAGUGUGCGGAGUGUGAGGAGCACCUCUCAGGUUACAGGGAGUGUGAAGAGGUACAGAGGCUUUACGAGAAGGUGGGAUGACAAACCCCAGCUCCCACCCAUUGCUUUGGAAUCGGGGAGCCAAGGAGGGACGUUAAUAGUGACUGGCGCCACCUGUCCCAAGUACUCCGCACUCCCACCUAUAUACAAAGCCAAGUCAUCCUCAAACAGAGGGCUGGAGCGACCUCCGUCUAGAAGUGGCUGCAGGACUCAUUGGGAUGGUUUGGAAACUGAACAGGAUCCAUGGUCUGUCAGUCACACUGAACCUCCAGCAGACAGAAGAAGUGAGAAAGUGAAAUCAUUGGAGUCGGUACCUCAAGCCAGAAUUACCUUCCACAACCCAGUGGUGCAGGACGUAUUCCCGAUAACCCCAGACAGUGACAGAGCUCACAGAGUGAACAAGCUUCAGCGCACAAAAUCCAGCUCCUCCGUCGCAAGCACCUCCAGCCUCGCCUCGCACACCAGCAGAGGCUCAGGGCAGUCCGUGGGAGGCUGCACGGGCAGAUCAGUGGCAAAGGAAUCCAGAAAAAACCCUUCACAGCCAAGGGGCAAAGAUCUGGUCGAUACGCUCUGGGAGAACAACGAAAACCUGACAACAGAGGCAGGAAUUACAUUUCCUAAAAUAGAAAGCCAUUUAAGAGGCCGCAUUCGAAAGCCACCAAUGAAGCCUGUCUUGAAGAAAUCUUUUGACUGGAAGGCUGAUUCUCAGAUAAGGAGAGAGACUCCUGGACGGAGCGGCUUGUCGGCCGAGUUUGUGCUGUUGAACGCAGACAGUUUCCUCAACGAACAGCGCUUUCCACAGACAGCAACCUCCUGCGCCUACAGCGUCACGACCCCCUUUCCGGUUUGCCUGAACGAACAACGGUUUGAAACAGGCAGCCGGCCUGUCCAGCCGAACACACUGCUGGAACCCUUCUCAGGACUUCACGACUAUCUGCGGCGGCAGCUCCUGCACUCCCCGGGCGCCUACAGAGGCAGGCAAGCCCCGGCGCUGACAGUCGAAGCGAUGGCUGAUGCCAUUCCUGCCCCAGGGGCCAAUGGCUCUUUCAAUCCCUGUGUUCAGAUCCAGGUGAACAGACCCCACCUGGAGCUGCUGCAGCCUCUGGAAUUUGUGCGGUGGAAAAGCCCUCUGCCCGACCGCACGGUUCAGCUGGCAAGCUCUCAUGAAGGUCUCCUUCCCAAAAUUACGAUGACCUGCCCAACGCCGUCCCCCAGGCCAUCGAUGCAGUGACUCGGAUGGGAUAUUUCCUCGCUGUAAUUGUGCAAAACCAGCUGUCCCAUCUUGCUAUUGCAUUGUAAAAAAACAUGUUUCAGGCUUGAUCAGUUCAUCUAAUUGCUGUAGCUAACAGCGUAAAGAGGGAGAAAGUUAAACUGUUUCAAACAAAGCUCGUUACUCCGAAUUUGCACAACUGUUAAAAAGCACCCCAUAAAGCUAAAAAAGAAAAAAAAAUAAUAAACAUUUUCCUUCCAGAAAAAAUGCGCGCUAAUGACAAUUUGGGAGUGAAAAAGAGAAUCGGGGCCAGGUGGAGCAUUCAGCGGGAUUCCAUUGCAUAUGCAGCCAUUCCCAACAGUCGUGUUGCUUUGCUGGCAGAAAUGCAUUGGCCCUUCCAGUUUUGUUUUUUAAAUGCAUUCAGUGAUGUAAUGGGGGAGGCAGUAAACCCCAGCUGCAUUACGAGUGAUUUUGAUAAUUCGCUGUUCAUUGGAGUCAUUAAGGUAGACCCAGAUAUCGUGCAGACAGUGCUGCUGUGAUGACAAGCAGGCUGUGUUCUUGUGUCACUGCAGUCGGUGUAAUACUGCUGUUGAGCUACUUCUGUCCCUCUAGCAUGUUCACAUCACAACAUUCCUCAUCGUUGACAAUGUCUGUGUACUGAGUGCAGGAGCUCAGACUGCUGUACUGGCUGCAUCACAUAGCUGACAAUGUCUGUAUACUGAGUGCAGGAGCUCAGACUGCUAUACUGGCUGCAUCACAUAGCUGACAAUGUCUGCGUACUGAGUGCAGGAGCUCAGACUGCUAUACUGGCUGCAUCACAUAGCUGACAAUGUCUGUGUACUGAGUGCAGGAGCUCAGACUGCUGUACUGGCUGCAUCACAUAGCUGACAAUGUCUGUAUACUGAGUGCAGGAGCUCAGACUGCUGUACUGGCUGCAUCACAUAGCUGACAAUGUCUGCGUACUGAGUGCAGGAGCUCAGACUGCUAUACUGGCUGCAUCACAUAGCUGACAAUGUCUGUGUACUGAGUGCAGGAGCUCAGACUGCUGUACUGGCUGCAUCACAUAGCUGACAAUGUCUGUAUACUGAGUGCAGGAGCUCAGACUGCUGUACUGGCUGCAUCACAUAGCUGACAAUGUCUGCGUACUGAGUGCAGGAGCUCAGACUGCUGUACUGGCUGCAUCACAUAGCUGACAAUGUCUGUAUACUGAGUGCAGGAGCUCAGACUGCUAUACUGGCUGCAUCACAUAGCUGACUUAUGGUGUCACCACUGAAUUCUUUAGUUACUCUUUUUAAAAGUGAAUACAUAUUUCAGUAAUGUUUGUACUGAAUGUACUUUAGCCAUUGACGUAAUCCUUUUCAUAAGGAUUGUAGUGCUUUUUGUCUGACAAAAGGUUUUCUUUACCUGCAUUUGUAUUUAAAGUUGCAAAAAAAAAAUAUAUAUAUAUAUAUAUACAGUAC